UGAUAGGUACAUUUAUUUAUCUCUUGUCUAUUAAAACUAUUUUUAAUCCAUUGUCAUAAUUGGUGGGGUUUUUGGCUGGUAUAGGAUUCUAUAUUGAAAAUCAUUUCCCUUGGAAUUUGAAAGCAAUCCCUUAUCUUCUCUUAAAACAAUUUUCCAGAACUCCAAUGCUUCUUAUCUCUCAUUGUCCAGUGUUGUUAUUAAAUUUACUGCUAUUCUGUUUGUUUUUGGUAUCAAGAGUCGAACUCAAGACCUUGUGCUUGCCAGGCAGGUGCUGUGCCACUGAACUAUAUCCCUGGCCCCUCUACUGCUAUUGUGCUAUGUGUUCUUUUUUUCUCAGUUUUAGUUUGCAAAAACUCAUUGCUUGCUGGACUUCCUAGAUCAACUCUCAAAGUCCAUGCAUGUUUUCUAUUUUUUUGUCUCUGCUGUUUUGCUAUAUUUUUGGUGCAGCUUCUUCAAUUUUAUUUUACAAAAUUUCUGUUGGAACUUGAACGUCAAUAAUUAUUUUUUGCUGUGCUGGGGACUAACCAUGGGAUCUUGCACAUGCUAGGCACUCUCCCCUUUGAGGUCUACUCUCAACCCAAUAAGCAUAUUUUAAUUUCUAAGAAUUCUUUCUUGUUCUCUGAUUGCUCUUUUUACACAGUAUUCUGUUCUUGUUUUAUGGAUACAAUAUUGCUUUCAGUUUUCUGAAUAUACUAAUUAAAAAUGUUUUCAUAUAUGCACUGCAUUUUCUAGUAUUCGAACUACAUUUGUUUUCUGUGCUCAUCUCGCCUGCUUUUCAAGUUGAAGGAUUUCUUCUCAUUUCUGAUGAUCCUCACUGGUUGGCUUGUAUCCAAUAAAGAAUGGCUAGAGGGCUGGGGAUUUAGCUCAGCGGCAAAGCACCUGCCUGGCAAGCGCAAGGUUGUGAGUUCGGUUCCCGAUAACGGAGAAAAACAAAACAAAACAAAAAAAAGAAUGGCUAGAAAGCUAUUGUGGAUUGAUUUAAUGUGCUGUUGAGCAGAUGGGUCUAUCUCGCUGCCAUGGCUGUCCUGUGUGCCACACAGGGCUGUGGAGAGUGGGUCACAGCCCCACAGGCCAGGACGAAGGAGAAACUGUUCAGGACAGUUCAGUGUCUGUGCUGGAGCCCUAGCUCUCCACAGAUUUCAUACUCCUUUUCUUCUUUCUUUUUCUUCUCUUCUUUCCUCUUGCUCUCUCCCUCUCGACCUCUUCUUCUGGAUGACAGGUGUGCUCCACCUGGGCUGGCAUGUGCAUCCAGGUAGCCUCUCCAAGCCUCAUUCCCUACGACUGUCCAGCCACAUGGGCCUUCUUUAUUGGUCCCCAACUCGUUGGGCAAAGUCCCUGCUGGGGACCUUGAAAUUGCUCAAAAUGUUCUUUCCUCAAACCGCCACAUGGGCAAGUGCCUGAGGGCAAAGGCAGUGGGGAGGUGGGUAUCUGGAGUCCUUCGCUUUGUGUCAGUCACGCUGCACUUAUCUGGAUGUUCAGCAAGAAUCGUCCCCCCAAGAAUGGCACUUUGCUGUCUCACUUGGUACUGCUCCCUCAGAGCCUGGCUCAGUGCCUGGCACAUGCAGGUGUUCAAAAAGAAAUGGGAUGCCCAUGCCGACCUGGAAACCUUCUUGUUAAGCAUACCAUGGGCACGAGAGGCCUUGGGUGUAUCGGGUGUUAAUUGGUAUCAGGGUAGGUCGCUUUAACAAGCAUUUCUGUCCCAAGCACCCUAGUGGCCCAGACUCUUCUUGUACUCAGGAUUUUCCCGAAACAGAACGGCUGGACACUAGCUCCAAGUUACUCCUUCCGGAAGGUGACCUGCGGGGUCUUGGCUCCCAAACUGUGUCUCACAAGCCGUGCCGAGCCCUGAGUCCUCUGCGAUCUCCCUGCCCAGCUGUACACCUCCAUCGAGCCAGCUGCUCAAGGUGACAAGACAGGUCGCACCCGCUUCCCACGCCCGAGUUCCGAGAGAAGCAGUUUGUUCCUUCCCCUGGGGUAAUGUGGCGCCUGGCAGGCUCGCGUAAAAGAUGCCACCGCUCUUAAGCCAAGUCCCAGCCUCAAAUCACGUCGGGCUCCGGGGCAGGCGGCUUCACUGCUGCCACCGAAGGUGGUGAUGGUGACAAAACGCCCAGGUAGCGCGACGCGCGUGGCAGCAUGCUAGGUGCACAGGAGGCGGGCCGCUCGGUAGGCUGCGCACACGGCUGCCCCGAGCUGAGGCCUCCUCGUUCCCUACCGGCCGCGAGAGCCCAUUAAUCCUUAACGUUCAAAUUCCGCCCACUAAACCAGUUUCUCGGUGCUCAAACCGCCUCUGGUCCCCAAAUGACGGCCGACGGGAACCAAUCGGCUGCCGGAGAGGGGUCCGCCCCCUUUUCCCUCGCCCAAACAGACAGGAACUUUCGCCAAUGGAGGGCGCCUCCGCCGAGACCCCGGCCCAGCCCGGCCGCGACAGCCAAUGGAGGGCAGGGUUGCGGCGGCGCCGAAGGCGGGGCGCGGGUGCGCAGGUGCAGCAGAGCGCAGGCUGGCCGGGAGGGCGGGGCGCGACGUCGGCCGUGCGGGGUCCCGGCAUCGGCGGCGCGCGCGCUCCCUCCUCUCGGAGAGAGGGUUGUGGUAAAAGCCGUCCGGAAAAUGGCCGCCGCCGCCGCCGCCGCGCCGAGCGGAGGAGGAGGAGGAGGCGAGGAGGAGAGACUGGAAGAGAAGUCAGAAGACCAGGACCUCCAGAGCCUCAAGGACAAACCCCUGAAGUUUAAAAAAGUGAAGAAAGAUAAGAAGGAAGACAAGGAGGCCAAGCAUGAGCCCCUGCAGCCAUCAGCGCACCACUCUGCAGAACCAGCAGAGGCAGGCAAGGCGGAGACUUCAGAGGGCUCAGGCUCCGCCCCGGCUGUGCCGGAAGCCUCCGCCUCCCCCAAGCAGCGGCGCUCCAUCAUUCGGGACCGGGGGCCCAUGUAUGAUGACCCCACCCUGCCUGAGGGCUGGACUCGGAAACUUAAGCAGAGGAAGUCUGGCCGCUCUGCUGGGAAGUACGAUGUCUACUUGAUCAAUCCCCAGGGAAAAGCCUUCCGCUCUAAAGUGGAGUUGAUUGCAUACUUCGAAAAGGUAGGCGAUACCUCCCUGGACCCUAACGAUUUUGACUUCACGGUAACUGGGAGAGGGAGCCCCUCCCGGAGAGAGCAGAGACCACCUAAGAAGCCCAAAUCUCCCAAAGCUCCAGGAACUGGCAGAGGUCGGGGACGCCCCAAGGGGAGUGGCUCAGCGAGACCCAAGGCGGCAGCAUCCGAAGGUGUUCAGGUGAAAAGGGUCUUGGAGAAGAGCCCUGGGAAGCUGUUGGUCAAGAUGCCCUUCCAGGCGGCACCCGGGGGCAAGGCUGAGGGGGGUGGGGCCACCACAUCGGCCCAGGUCAUGGUGAUCAAGCGCCCUGGCCGCAAGCGGAAAGCCGAAGCUGACCCCCAGGCCAUCCCCAAGAAGCGGGGCCGGAAGCCCGGGAGCGUGGUGGCCACUGCCGUUGCUGAGGCCAAGAAGAAGGCUGUGAAGGAGUCUUCCAUCCGCUCCGUGCAGGAGACCGUGCUCCCCAUCAAGAAGCGCAAGACCCGGGAGACGGUCAGCAUUGAGGUGAAGGAGGUGGUGAAGCCGCUGCUCGUAUCCACCCUCGGUGAGAAGAGCGGCAAGGGACUGAAGACCUGCAAGAGCCCUGGGCGGAAAAGCAAGGAGAGCAGUCCCAAGGGGCGCAGCAGCAGCGCCUCAUCACCCCCCAAGAAGGAGCACCACCACCACCACCACCACGCAGAGUCCCCGAAGGUGCCGCUGCCACCCCCACCCCCGCCCCUGCCCGAGCCCGAGAGCUCCGAGGACCCCGCCAGCCCCCCCGAGCCCCAGGACUUGAGCGGCAGUAUCUGCAAGGAGGAGAAGAUGCCCCGAGGAGGCUUGCUGGAGAGUGACGGCUGCCCCAAGGAGCCAGCUAAGACUCAGCCUGCGGUCACCAGCGCCACCCUGGCUCCGGCCCCGGCCCCGGCCCCAGUCCCGGCCCCAGCCCCGGCCCCGGCCCCGGCCGCAGAAAAGUACAAACACCGAGGGGAGGGAGAGCGCAAAGACAUUGUUUCAUCCUCCAUGCCGAGGCCAAACAGAGAGGAGCCUGUGGACAGCCGGACGCCCGUGACCGAGAGAGUUAGCUGACUUUACUCAGCGCGGAUUGCAAAGCAAACCAACAAGAAUAAAGGCAGCUGUUGUCUCUUCUCCUUAUGGGUAGGGCUCUGACAAAGCUUCCCGAUUAACUGAAAUAAAAAAUAUUUUUUUUUCUUUCAGUAAACUUAGAGUUUCGUGGCUUCAGGGUGGGAGUAGUUGGAGCAUUGGGGAUGUUUUUCUUACCGACAAGCACAGUCAGGUUGAAGACCUAACCAGGGCCAGAAGUAGCUUUGCACUUUUCUAAACUAGGCUCCUUCAACAAGGCUUGCUGCAGAUACUACUGACCAGACAAGCUGUUGACCAGGCACCUCCCCUCCCACCCUACCUUCCCCCACCCAGUCGCAGUCGUUAGGGAUGUUAGGGAUGGACAGCAGUUGAGAGGACACUUGUUUGGUGCCAUCAGUGCCCUGCCCGUGACGCCCCAGCUCCCCCAUCUUCCCCACCCCCAACCACAGUGGGACAGGGAGGCUGAGCAGAGAGGCUGUUGGAUUCUUUAGGGAAGACGACGGGGAUGGCCAGUGGCUAUGGCCCGCCCCAUCCCACACGUGGCGGCACAAGCCUGGCCCCACACCAGCCCCAAUCCAAAACUGAUGAGGACAUUUUGCAGGACAGGCAAGUGGCACCUGUCUGCUCCAGCUCCGGCCCGGCUCAGAGGAAGCCCUGAACUGCAAGUGCAGAGUGGCCUAAGCCACAGGAGAGGACGGCCCACGGUGAGGUGGGGCUACCCGUUCUCGGUGGGUGGCCUUAGAGAGGGGCCAUAGGGGUGGCAGAACAAGCCUGGGCAGCUGGCCACAUCGCCAGCCCAGCGCUGCGUGGCGAGAUUCCUAGUCGCUCAGAGUAGCCUGACUGGUAGUGAGGGACCUGGGGACUGGCUGAAGGGCACAGGGAGGAAAGUCUCGAAGUUCUUCCAGUUACUUUCCAGUUCUCCUGUAGGGACAGCAUAGAAUUAUUUGCACUAUUGAGUCUUCAUGUUCCCACUUCAAAACAAACAUGCUUCGAAAGCAACCUGGCUUGACCUGGGGACACUCUGUCCCUCGAGCCACCAGAUGCAAUGGUGUUCCGAACUACCUGGAUCUGUAUAUACCUGCGCUUGUUUUAAAGUGGGCUCAGCACAUAGGGUUCCCACGAAGCUCCGAAACUCUAAGUGUUUGCUGCAAUUUUAUAAGGACUUCCUGAUUGGUUUCUCCUCUGCCCUUCCAUCUCUGCCUUCCUCCAGUUCUCCCAUCGUCCGUCCUCCUGCCUCCUAGCUCAUCCUCUCUCCAGGCGACCACAGUGCCCACCCACACGCCGAGCCCACUCCUGUCAGCUCCAGCACCUAGAGCCCACCCGGCCCUUUGGCCCCACUGCCAGCCCUGGCCCCUAUCUGCGCCCUGUGCGCCCAAUCCACCGUGGCCUCGGAGGAGCGGAGGGCAGCGCGUUUUGCUCCCCAGAUAGCACCCUCUUCCCUGCUGAGAUAAUGGCAAAGGGCUUUGCACCUGCCCUGUAGGCCUUUCCUUCCCCAGGCUUGACAGAAGCAGGCCAGGGAUGCUGGCCACAUCCAGCGUCCAAGGGCCAGCCUGCCAGAGUCACUGAUGAGCCUGGCAGGGCUAGCGGUGUGUGGCAGGACAACAGGCGACAAGAACCGACCUGGGCUAGGACUGGCCGCCAGGCGCCAGCCCCCCCCCCCCUCACCUUUUCCCCACUGAGUCCUUUCCCAUGGAGUCGUUGGCUUUGCUCGCUGGAGGCGGGUGGGGUCAGGCCACCACCUCCUCUAGUCUCUCCUGUGAGUGUGGGGUGGGGUUAGAGGUUUGGUCAAUUUCUGUUAGGGAUCCCAAAGUUCUUGCCUCUGUUCAGGAAGUCCUUAUCUAGCUGCAUAUCUUCAUCAUAUUGGUAUAUCCUUUUCUGUGUUUACAGAGAUGUCUCUUAUAUCUAAAUCUGUCCAACUGAGAAGUACCUUAUCAAAGUAGCAAAUGAGACAGCAGUCUUACGCUUCCAGAAACACCCACAGGCACGCCCUGCGUGAGCUGCUGCCAUGAACUGUCAAGUGCGUGUUGUCUCGUGUAUUUCAGUUCUUGUCCCCUGGCUUCCUUACUGCGGUAUAAUCAUGAAGGAUGAAACAUCAUAGAAACUGUCUAGCACUACCUUGCCAGUCUUAGUGAUCAGAACUCUAGUGGACAGUUCCAAUCAAUAGCUUCAGAUAACCCGUGUCUGUCUCCCUGACGGUUGGGGGGCGGGAUCGAGGGAGUCCGCCUGUUCUGUUCUGUAGUCGUAGUCGGACUUUAGCCUCUCCGUGCCCCUCUCCCUGUGCUGACAGCCUGUCCUGCUCCUGCCAGCCGACUCCCAUCCACCAGCCUGGCUCCUUCACCCACUCUGCGCUCAUCCUCCGCCUUCCUUCUGCCUCCUUCCCAGGAAGGGAGCAGGGUCAGAGGAGGGAAGGAGGACUUCAAAACUCCUCUUCCUCCACGGACAAAAGGCCCCUGGCCCCACGGUGGCCUCGCACUCCCGACACCCCCAAAGGACACCUACCCACGCAGGCGUGGCACCUGGCCAGGUUGUCGACGAGAAGAUGGCUGUGGCAGUCAGUGGGAUUGGCUUACUCCGUUCUUCUAGUCCUGGGAGGAGUGUGGGCCGCACGACCCGGGCCUGGGCCACUGGGCGUUUUGGGUGUUGUUUUCUUUCAGUUGGUCCCUACUUAUGGUCCUCUGCUCCCAGGUUCUCUCCCUUAGAGUUGGUUCUAAGACUGCAGGCAGUGCCUGCAGCUCCUUAGGGCUUCCUCUGUGACCCUCUACCCCAUCGCCUCCUACCCCUACAUAAAGGAGGGCAUCAUGAGUUGGUCGCCUUUCAGCAGGCAGCUUUGGCAGUCUGUGGCCCUCGAGGAAGGGCCCUGCCGCUCCCAGGCCCCCUCCUUGGGGUUGGGUUGAGAGGAGGUCGGAGGGAAAGCCUUAAGCCACGGGAUUCUCACCAGCUGUGUCCGGCCCAGUGUUGGGGUGUGACCUCGAUUCUGUCUGUAUUUAAGCACUAUGAAGACUGGGGCCACCUUUUAGUGACUGAAGAAUAUAAGAAGUGACUCAGCUUUCAGAUACCCUGGGGUGAUGUCAUUCAGGAAACACCCACAGUUCCUCCACCCUGUUAGUCGCUAGUUACUACCUCCUCCCCGCCCCCACAGAACCUGCCUGUCCUCCCUGUAUGCCCCCAGGCCUGGCCCAGCCUUGCACAUUGGUGGCUUGGUCACAGCCAGUGAGAAGCCGGCCUUGACAGUGUAGUGAACUGGGUUGGCCACAGCCUAGCACAGGUCCUCUAUGUGGCACUGUAUUCCCGCAUCAGAAGGCACAAGGGAUACCCAGACAUGCUACCCUGUCCCAGUCCGUCAGUGCCAAACUGGCCAAGGAGCCCGACCUCUCAGCUUGGGACAGUGAAAGCUGCCACCUCUUUGUGGGUGCAAACAAGUAUGCCAGAGGCUGCCAACAUUGGAAGUGAGACCUGGAGCAGCCCUAGCUAGUCAUUACUGUGACGGUGAUCAUGAGAGAGCGCGCAUACGACCAGAAACAAGCUGCCACAUUUGGUGGGAAGUUUUCUUAGCUGACAGGACCUCUGAAUUUUAAGUAACUUUGACUGAAUGGCUCCAGCCCAGGGGAGAGCCAGAGCAUGGACUGACUGCGCGGGGUAGGGCCGUGCCGAUGUCUCUCAGCUCGCGCGGAGCCCCACAGCCAGAGUGCCGUGUCCCGCUUCCCCGAGUGCUGGGGGGGGGGGCCUGGGGAAGACCUGUGGCCAGUCCGCAGCAUGGGUCCUUGUCUAACUGCAUUUCUUGGCUCCGGUUCACACUCACAGUUCCAGGACCAGUGGCCCAGGCCUGCGCCAAUCCUCACUUUGCAAGGCCUAGCUGGGGAAAGGGGCCACAGGGCGGGUGGACACGUCCUCCACUCUCCGCCUGUGAACAGCUCUGUUCCGAAAGGAUUUGUUGAUUCUCUCCAUUUUGAUGUCUUUCUCUUUUAGAUACUGUAUCAAUCUUUAGAAAAAGGCUUAGGUCUAAUUGUUAUAAAUCGCUAGGAUACUGCCUCCUCCAGGGUCUAAAAUUACAUAUUAAAGGGGGAAAAUUGAACAUUGAAACCAGUUCUCAAUAAUUGAGAAGGAAAACGUAGAAAAUAUUUGGGGGAAAAUUACAUUUUGAUGUUUUCUGAAUAAGAGCAAGCUUUCUGCAAAAAUGCCAAUCCAAAAAUACUAGUCAGCCUGAGAUGUCUGGUGAAUGUGACAGACACAGGAAACUGCAGUCGGAAGCCUCCUGCACCUAAGGCACCUGAGGAACUAGGGGCCUCUUGUCAUUGUCACUCCUGGGGUCGCUGUCACCAGGGACACAGCUUCUGACCCUCUCCCUUGGAGGGGGUGGGGGUUAGCGGCGUGAGGCCAGCGUGGAAUGUGGGAAGUGGUGUGUGCACCAGUGGUCUCCGAGGCCAGCAUCCCUUGCCCCCGACCCCUCUCACCUUGGCACACUCUGCCCCACCCUUGCAGAAGCCAAGAAAGCAGAGCUGUGCCCAGGGAGCUAGGCAGGGCCCCAGGGACAGUGGGGAGGGAGGGAGGACAGGCCCCAGCCCAGCCAGUCUCUGCAUGAGAACAGACCUGCAUCUGAAUUCAAGAGCAGUGGGCAGCUUCCGCAGGCCUCUACCCGCUUCUGCCUGUCUUGCCUUUGUUGGGUCCUGUUGAGCAGUGAGAGGAGACGCUCCGCAGAGGUCACGGCUCGGCUCCUGCAGCCAGUACCCCUCUCCCAGCGGUGUUUGUGUCAAGUGGCAAAGCUGUCCUUCCUGGUGACCCUGAUCCUACCCAGUAACUUAGAGAUUAAGCAUAGGCCUACUUCGUCUCCUGUGUCCUGGGCUUUUGUUUUGGUUUUGAGUUUUACUUUUAGUUUUCCUGUCCCUUUUAUUUUAUGCACCGACUAGACACACAAAGCAGUUGAAUUUAUAUAUAUAUAGAUAUAUAUGUAUAUUGCACAAUUAUAAACUCAUUUUGCUUGUGGCUCCACACAAAAAAGACCUGUUAAAAUUAUACCUGUUGCUUAAUUACAAUAUUUCUGAUAACCAUAGCAUAGGACAAGGGAAAAUAAAAAAAGAAAAAA